CCCGUAACAAAUUAAUGGAGUACUCUAUUUCGGAAUGAAAACAUUGUGUUACAUCCCGCAACGGACAAAUAUUGAUGGCCACGUCGUAAGUCUUAUUUUAACUUCAAGAGAAAGAUCCAAGUCAGCCCCGCCCCACGAUUCAUGCAAACUUACGAUUGUUCCUGCAACCUGGACUACAGUACCGAGUAGGGAAGUACGGAAUGAAUACCUACCGUUGAGUUUCAGGAAAGACCUCUUAUCACCGACGACUUACCAAUGUUCGAUUUUAUGAUUAGUACCUAGAUCUAAACUAUUCACAUAUUUUCAACCCUGCACUGCGGACGGACUGUCCCCUAUUCCGUGUGUCAACGAGCUUUACAGCGGGGUAGCUCUUUCCUUUAUCUUUACCAAUGCACACCUGCAUUCCUAGAAUUAGACACAUCAUCCUUCCCUCCCCUCUAAUAUAAAUAGAUAACAUAAGUACCUCCCUUCCACUUCCACACAAAACAUUCUCAUCUGACGAAUGAAUACCCUCAAAACACUUCCUGAAAACCUCAAAAACAAAGCCCAAUCACUUAUCUCCUCAGUCAACAUGACACUCCCCAAAACCUUCAAAGCCGCCGUUUUCGAAAAAGCCGGUGGGCCCCUCGUUAUUAAAGACCUCGAGCUCCAAGAACCUAAAGCAAAUGAAAUUCUCGUAAAAGUAAUUGCCUGCGGAGUAUGUCACUCAGACGCCGUCGUUCAAGCUGGAAGCUUCGGAAACGGGUUUCCAAUUGUUCCCGGUCACGAAAUUAUCGGUACGGUGGCUGCUGUUGGCCCUGGUGCUGAGAAAUGGAAGGUUGGUGCGAGAGUUGGUGGUCCUUGGCAUGGUGGUCAUGAUGGGACUUGCAAGCAAUGUAAUCGCGGUAAUUUGUAUGUGCAUUUUUGUUUCUGGUUUUUGGUGUUUUCCAUGAUUCUUCUUUGGUGAACAUGUACUGACACUUUCGUUUCAUAGUCAAAUGUGUUCCAAUGCUGCUAUUAAUGGCGUUACUCGCAAUGGAGGAUUUGCCGAAUAUGUCCAUUUAAGAACUGAAGCCGCCGUCCGAGUUCCUGAAGAUGUCGAUCCUUUUAAAUACGCUCCAAUCUUGUGUGCUGGAAUCACUGUUUUUAACAGCAUGAGAAAGCUACAUAUUACACCUGGUGAAGUAGUUGCUAUUCAGGGAUUAGGUGGUUUAGGACAUUUGGCCGUGCAGUACGCGGCCAAGAUGGGAUUUAAGGUUGUGGCUAUUAGUGGUGGUGACAAAAAGAGAGAGUUUGCUCAUAAGUUGGGUGCCCAUGAGUAUGUUGAUGCAUCUAAGGAGGAUCCUGCUAAGAAGUUGGCGGAAUUGGGAGGAGCAGCAUUGAUUGUUUGCACGGCUCCAAAUCCAAAGUCUAUUUCUCCUUUGACCGCUGGAUUAGGACCAGGUGGAAAAUUGCUCAUCUUGGCUCCCUGUGGUGACGUGGAGAUCAAUACGGUGGAACUCAUCAUGAAGGCGGCGUCAGUCUGUGGUUUCCCAGCUGGUCAUGCCUUGGACUCCGAAGAGGCCAUUGAGUUUACGAAGUUGCAUAAUGUUGACUGCAUGAUUGAGAAGUUCCCCUUGAAGGACGCUCAGAAAGCAUAUGAUCAUAUGCUGAAUGGAGAUGUUAGGUUCAGAAGUGUUUUGGUCAUGGAUGAAUGAUCGCCUAUGGAGAAUGAAGUACCUUAUGAUAUAUUAAAUAGGAUUGCGGCGGUCAAUCAGUCUCUGCUCAAGGCAUGAAAAGAAAAAAAAGUUAAUGCAACGAACUUCAACUAAUAGUCAUCAGUUAUCAAAAUUAUGAUAUCGUCCAUUUUACACAGCCCCUAUGAUGAUUUUGCAGUGGCUUCUUCGGACAUCAAAGUCAACGUUUCAGUUUGUCCUUUCAUGGAUUAUCACUGAAAAUUUGGUUGCGCGUAUUGAUAUUUUACCUUCCCAAAGCAUUAGACUCGAGUCACAAUGAUGGGUCAAAGACUAAUGUCUUUACUAUAUCGAUAUUAAUUUUAACUUAAAACAUAUUGUAAAAGUGGUAGGUCGAGAUAUGUAUAUCCCGAUAAUAUGUUGUGAAGGGGAA